AUGACCUCCGAUUGUGGACGUAGGUUAAACGAAGGCGGCGUUCAAAAGCAAACACUUCGACGGCGGCGCGACGCGGUCGGCUGUCGACGUGGGCCGUGCGCUGACCAGACGCAGAUCCAUCAAUGUGUCCGCCUCGGCGGUCAAGCGGCUAAGAGGGGUUCCUUGUCAACGGCGCCAUCCGCCCGCGGAGGCGCUCAGACACUAUUGAGAUUGAUGUUGGCGGCGCGGCGCCCCCGGAAUACUAAGAGGGGUGCCCUCGUUGCCCAAUUAGCCCCGCUGGGGGGCGUUUCGUCCCGCUUCCACGGUGCCCGCCGCCGUCCACGCCGCAUACGAAAUCGCCGCAAUAUUUCUCGCGUAAGCCCCCAAGAUCAAAGUAUCGCACCGCCAACUUGGACCGUC